AUGCUAAAGAGCAUGAAGAAGAAUCUCCCUGCGAAUGAGUAUGAGGAGCUUGAGAUUUUCUACGCAGCGAAAAAGGAAGGGUCUCUUCGCUCGCAGAACACUCGCAGAAUCCAUCCCAGCACCGCUAUGGCUGAACUCCGCAACAAUCACGAUGAGACAUUCCUCCUGCCUUACCUCGACCUGAGGUCGCUUUCUGAAGACCCAACGCGACUUCUAGGUUUGCUACACCACCGCAGCCAUUCCGAUCUGGAAGAUUGGGUCCUCUUCGACCGUCAGCAGUUCAGACCUGGCUUUCGUCUUGGCGCUCUGCACACGGCGUACAAUCCUCAUGCCGUCGUUGCGUACGGCGACCGCUUCGGCCAACUGGUGCAGUGGCAAGAAGACAAAGCUCAUAGGUGGGAUUACAUUGGGUACCCUUGUGCGCUCCAAAUCUUCCAAGCACAAUCCACACUCUCGUGUUUCCUCCGCAACAUCAAGCUCCUUCUGUCGAAAGGAAAUAAACACGCUGGCAGCGAUCACUGGUUCGAGAUGGUCGCAGUGGAAUUUGCGAGCAAGGAGCGCUUGAUUGGGCGAUCUGCGUAUCUCAAGCAGCCAUACUCAGCCCCUCCAGCGGUCAAUGUGCCGCACAUUCUCGAAAUCCUCCAAUCCCGACUUCGGAAGUCGAGCGAUGAGCUCAACUCUAUGCAAACCGACCCUCUGCUAUUCAGAGCUGCCACGGAAGCCGCUGAGAAGCAUCCUAUUUUCAACAUAGACGAGCAAACAGGGCAGACUUUGGCACCACACCUUCCUGAACCCGUGGCACUGAGCGUUAUCCGGUCUGAGGUUUGGAGGUACCUGGUGAGUGAAGCUCAGGCGUUCGCACAAGCGUAUAAGGUACAUCGUGACGCCGUGCGGGUGGGUGUGGUGUUGCCAUUAUCUUAUACAGCCCCGUUGCUCAGAUUUGAGGCUGCUCUGAAAUUCAGCUUGCAUCAGCUCAGCGCUCGACUCCGCCUGAUCCUACCUGCGCUUUCCGCGUUCAAGCGCCACUUCAAACGAAGCGAUCGUGGCAUCGAGGGAGUUCUCGACAACGAAACGGCGUACCGGACGGACCCGCUCUUCUGGAACCUCUGCCAGCUGGCAGGCAUGGAUACGGAGUUCAGCUGGGCGUUUAGCUUCCACCUCGACAAGAUCGACCAGCUCAUGGCCAACGGGAGCAACAAGACAAAAAAACGACUGGACCAAUAA